UUCAUUCAUUAUGUACAUCAGUUGCUCUUUUUACAUGGUCAAUUAGUCCAGUAACUGACCCUCCUCAAACAUACAUUUCCUGUGAAACACUAGAACCAAGUAGAAAUCUCCCCCAAAUCAAAAGGGUUUUCUUUGAUGAAUUGUUUAGCUCAAUAUAUGAAAUCAGACUUACUGGAACUGAUCAUGGGAUGGGCUGGUGAACUAUGAUCUGUCGAUCUGCUACAGUUGGUUAUGUUCAUAAAUCAUAACCAAACUUGCCAAAAGCCCAAAACAUGAAUUACGUUGGUCACUCACAGUCACAGGGGACAUUGACAGCUCUUGCUACCUUUUCAAAGAACCAGUUGAUGAUCAUGGUGAGAUCAGCUACAUUGCUUUGUCCUGAUAUCAGAUGAAAAUCCCCAAAACCCGAUUUUAAUCACAACGGCUACUUGCAGGCCUAGCUGGUCUGACAUCGUUUCAGAAAGGGCGAGUGUAUUGAAGCCAACGACGUUGUCUCGGGACAAAGGGAAGCAGAAGGUCCAUACGCCGUCGUUGUGACCAAGAGACAGACAUAGUGUCACUUUCUUCCUUGUACUUUCGUUUCAGAACUCUGUUCUCCUUUUUCCUUUGCUGUAAUCGACAACUCACUGAAGCUUGUCUUCUUCCUUCAUUUUCCUUGUAUAAAACCCAAAAGAUGAUCAAUGAGAAAUCAAGUUAGGGUUUUACACCACACAUUCGUUGUUAUGGUAUCAGAGCAACCCUAGCCGCCGCCUCCCAAAUGGCCGCUCAAGAAGCACAUCCAAACAUGGAUCCCAUGUCGGAUCCUUUCUUUCUUCAUGGUUCUGAUCAACCAGGACUGCUGUUGGUAGGUGAGAAGCUGACCACCACCAACUACAACGACUGGAGCAAGGCUAUGCUCAACGCAUUGGCCGCCAAGAACAAGCUUGGCUUCAUCCAUGGCACACUCGUGGCCCCUGCCCCAACAGAUGUUUCCUUUUCUUCCUGGAAAAGAAACAAUGUCAUGGUCCUCAGUUGGAUCCAACAGGCAGUUGAUCCCCUCAUCAAGAAAACCAUCAUGUCCUGCAAACUUGCCUAUGAAGCUUGGCAAAGCCUCAAAUCACGCUAUGGCCAAGGGGACAUGAUUCGAGUUGCAGAGCUGAUUGGCGCCAUUGCCACCAUCAAGCAAGGUAACCAAUCUGUGACUGAAUACUAUGGGAAUCUCAUAGCCUUCCAAGAUGAACUGGAUAAUUAUCAACCCAUAGAUCCCUGUCGCUGUACAGACACCAGUCACACAACCUGUGUUUCCAUGAAUGCUGUUUUUGGUUACAAAGAUGUCAAUUCAGUUAUCCAGUUCCUUCGUGGCUGGAAUGAUAAUUUUGCAACUGUGAGAUCCCAAGUACUCUUUGGAGACACCUUGCCAUCAAUAGACAGGGUCUUUCAACGUGCUCUCCAACACGAGAGACAACUGUUUGGUACCCAACAAGGCCAACUGGUCACAGCUGAACCUUCAGCAUUUGCUGCUCAGGGCUACAAACGCCCAUUCCCUUCUGGCAAACGCCCUCACUGCACCUUCUAACACACCUGGUCAUACAGAAGAAACAUGCUACCAUAAGCAUGGUUGGCCACCAGGCUACACUCCAAGGGGAUCCACUGCUCCCUCCACUCCUUCUUCUAAACCCCCUGAAUGCACCUUUUGCAAACGCAUAGGGCAUACUGAGGAGAAAUGUUUCGAGAAACAUAAAAAUCCACCCCCUUCCCAGUCCAGACCUGCAGGUCCUCCAAGACCAAGGUCCUCUAUCAACACUGCUGACAGUCACCCUUCACCUGAACCUGUCCAGGAGUUCAAACUCACCAAGUCAGACUAUGACAAACUGAUGUCUCUCAUGAAUGAGACCAUGAAGGGCAGGUCCUCCCACUCAGCAGCUCUUACCACUCAUUACACAUCUAGCUCAUCAGGUAACCCUUCCUGCAAUAUCACUCAUCACACUGGCACAGUCAUUCCAUGGAUCAUUGAUACUGGUGCCACUAACCACAUUGUCAAUUCCAUUUCCUUUCUUUCUAAUUCACAACAAGUACAUCAUAUUUUCAUAAAUCUCCCCACUGGUGAUAGAGUUCAGGCCACACAUAAAGGCCAAAUCAAAUGCCUUGAUGGUUUGACUCUUCAUGAUGUCCUCUUUGUUCCCCAAUUCACCUUCAAUCUCCUCUCAGUGAGAAAGCUCACAACUACCAGCUCUCUCAACUUAACUUUCUCUUCUAAUUCUUGCACUAUACAGGACUUGAAGCUGAGGAGAGUGACUGGUUCUGCUAAGCUCCUCCAUGGCCUUUACCACCUCAAUCUUCCUUUAGAUAGUACACCUAACCACAUCACAGCAGAUGUUAGUUCCCCCACUUUUGACAUUUGGCAUUUCAGACUUGGACAUGUCUCCCAUAGCAGAAUACCACAGCUGAAACUACUUUGUGAUUCCAUAGAAACCAACAGUUUAUUACCCUGUGAUGUUUGCCAUUUUGCCAAGCAAAAACGGCUUCCUUUUCCAUCAAGCACAACUGUAACUACUACUUGUUUUCAACUCAUACAUGUAGACAUAUGGGGUCCAAACUCUUCUCCUACAUAUGAUGGUUUUAAAUAUAUUCUUACCAUCGUGGAUGAUCAUUCCAGAAUGACUUGGCUCAUUCUUCUUCAAUCCAAAGCAGAAGCCAGACCAAAAUUGCAAAACUUCUGCACAAUGGUCACAAACCAGUGUGCUUGUUCUGUUAAAACAAUUAGAAGUGACCAAGGGAAGGAAUUCCUAAUGACAAAUUUUUUUGACCAAACUGGAAUCAUACAUGAAAUGUCAUGCAUAGAGACACCCCAACAAAACAGCAAAGUCGAGCGCAAACACCAACAUAUCCUAGCUAUAGCUCGAGCCUUAAAAUACCAGGCAAACCUUCCAAUUGGUUUCUGGGGAGACUGUGUCAAACAUGCUGUCUUUCUCAUCAAUAGGGUCCCAACCCCAGUUCUUAACAACCUAACCCCCUAUGAAAAACUCCACCACAAGCCACCUGAUCUACAAGACUUAAAAGUUUUUGGCUGCCUCUGCUAUGCUUCCACCAUUACCAGUCAUAGAAAUAAGUUCCAAGAAAGAUCCAGAAAAGGUGUUUUCCUGGGCUACACUCCAGGAAUCAAAGGGUACAUGAUAU